ACUUACCUCUGGUUUAAUUCCAUUCUUCUCGAACACGCUGUCUGUUUCGUCCUGUGAGUCAGUCAGUUGACAGAAUUACUUAUCAUACACCACUUCACUGCUGUCCUUCGUUGAACUAUUCUGUCUAUCUUCAUUGACUGUAUACACGGACGAUCUCUCAUACCUCCGCAACUAUGGCCCAAACUCCCCAACAGCGCCGCGCAAACGAGAAGUUCGCAAAGCACGAAGCCGCAAAGCGCGGCAAAGCCCCCGGCAACGUCGCGAAGCCCAACAAGCAGGUCACCAAGCCUUCCAUCUCAAAAGGAUGGGUCGUCCUCCUGGCCUUCGUCGUCUGCGGCGGUCUCCUCUUCGAACUGUUGAGAGUCGUCCCCGAGAUCUGGGGUAUGCUCACCCGCGUCCUGGGUUGAGUGUGCAGCGUUAUUCUCGUUGAGUUGAGUUUCAGGGUGAAGGAAGGAGUGAUGGGCUUACAAACUUGCUGGGUUCUUAUUCUAUUUUUGCAUGCGCUGUAUUCUAUUCUAGUGGUGUUUUUUUUAUUAUUUGCUUUGUUGUUUUCUUGAUAGGCAGGUAUAUCUUACUACGCGCAUGGUGCAUUUGACA